GGUCACCGGGUAGGAGAGGAGAUAAUGAUUGCAGAAAGGUGUCCAAACAGUCUUAUGUUUGUAUAUAAAUAGGACAAGGCGACAUUAAAGAUGCCCCGUAGAGGGAAAUAACUCCAAUAACGACCGAUAUAUAUAUAACAAAGGAGGGCCACGCUCGCAAGCAGGCAGGCAUAGAUAACUCGAGAAACAAGAGCUUUCUUUACGUCAAUCAAGAAUGGAAAAUCUGCGUAACAGCAGAGUCUUUAGGGUUUCUGUGUGCGGCCAAGAGGAGUUAGAGCUCUUGUCUAGAGAUAGCAGCCAUUAUAGCCUCUCUACUGCUGUUUUACCUUCACUUGGUGCAAGAAGUAACCGCAGAGUCAAGCUCAGGAGGUUCAUUGUAUCUCCUUAUGACCGUCGUUACAGAAUAUGGGAGACUUUUCUUGUUGUUCUGGUCAUCUAUACGGCUUGGGUAUCGCCUUUUGAAUUCGGAUUUCUCAAGAAACCAGAGGGACCACUCUCCAUUGCUGAUAAUGUUGUAAAUGGAUUCUUUGCUGUAGACAUUGUUCUUACCUUCUUUGUAGCUUACCUUGACAAGACGAACUACCUACUUGUUGACAAUCCAAAAAAGAUUGCUUGGAAGUAUACUAGUUCCUGGUUUGCCUUUGAUUUCAUAUCCACAAUCCCAUCUGAACUUGCUCGGAAGAUCUCCCCUAAACCACUCCGAUCAUAUGGCUUGUUCAACAUGCUUCGCCUUUGGCGACUUCGAAGAGUUAGUGCUCUAUUUUCCAGAUUGGAGAAGGAUAGGAACUAUAACUACUUCUGGGUUCGAUGUGCCAAACUUAUUUGUGUCACCCUUUUCGCCGUUCACUCUGCUGGAUGCUUUUAUUAUCUUAUUGCUGCUCGUUAUCGUAACCCUGAAAGGACAUGGAUUGGAGCAUCUUUGGGGGACAAUUUUCUUGAACAGAGUGUGUGGAUCCGAUAUGUGACUUCAAUUUACUGGUCUAUUACUACUCUAACAACAGUUGGCUAUGGUGAUCUCCAUCCUGUGAAUUCAAGGGAGAUGAUCUUUGAUAUCUUCUACAUGCUCUUUAACCUUGGGUUGACAGCAUAUUUGAUUGGAAACAUGACCAACUUGGUUGUUCACGGGACUAGUCGAACUAGAAGAUUUAGAGAUGCCAUACAAGCAGCUUCAAGUUUUGCUCAGAGGAACCAACUACCUCCUCGCCUGCAAGAUCAGAUGCUUGCACAUCUGUGUUUGAAGUUCAGGACCGAUUCCGAAGGACUUCAGCAGCAAGAAACUCUUGAUUCCCUUCCAAAAGCAAUUCGUUCAAGCAUUUCACAUUAUCUCUUUUACUCUCUCCUGGACAAGGUGUACUUAUUUCAUGGGGUUUCCAAUGACUUACUUUUCCAGCUGGUUUCAGAGAUGAAAGCUGAGUAUUUCCCUCCCAAAGAAGAUGUCAUUUUGCAGAAUGAAGCACCGACAGACUUCUAUAUACUUGUCACUGGUGCUGCGGAUCUACUUGUUUACAAAAAUGGAGUUGAACAGGUUGUUGGGCAGGCAGAAAGUGGUGACCUUUGUGGUGAGAUUGGGGUGCUUUGUUAUAGGCCACAACUUUUUACAGUGCGCACCAAAAGAUUGAGCCAGCUACUACGACUGAACCGUACUACAUUUUUGAACAUUGUUCAGGCCAAUGUUGGAGAUGGGACCAUAAUCAUGAACAAUCUCCUUCAGCAUUUGAAAGAACAAAGGGACCCAAUUAUGGAGGGAGUUUUGCAUGAGACAGAGAACAUGCUAACUCAUGGUAGAAUGGACCUACCUGUCAGUCUAUGUUUUGCUGCACUUAGGGGUGAUGAUUCCUUGUUACAUCAGUUGUUGAAAAGGGGCCUGGAUCCAAAUGAAUCAGACAACAAUGGGAGGUCGGCUCUGCAUAUAGCUGCAUCAAAAGGAAGUGAGAACUGUGUGCUUUUUUUACUGGAUUACGGGGCAGAUCCUAACUGUAAAGACUCGGAUGGUAAUGUCCCACUGUGGGAGGCAAUGCUAGGUGGCCAUGAAGCAGUGGCCAGGCUGCUGAUAGAAAAUGGUGCAAGCAUAAAAUCGGGAGAUGAAGGUCAUUUUGCAUGCAUUGCCGCUGAGCAAAAUAGCUUGAACUUGCUCAAGGAAAUUGUUCGAUGUGGUGGGGAUGUCACAUGCUCGAGGAAGAGUGGAAACACAGCACUCCAUGUUGCAGUUUGUGAAGACAACACUGAAAUAGUAAGGUUUCUUUUAGACCAUGGUGCUGAAAUUGACAAACCAGAUAUACACGGUUGGACUCCCAGGGAUCUAGCCGACCAACAAGGACACGAAGAAAUAAAAUUCAUUUUCCAAACUUGUAAAGAGCCUAAAACUCAGUCUGUUGUUGCCAUUCCUGAGAACCACAAGCCUGGAAUUCGAUAUCUUGGGAGAUUUACAAGUGAGCCAACUAUCCGUCCUAUGUCUCAUGAUGGUUCACACUCGGGUAGAGAUGGAUCAUGGAGCCAAAAGCGUACCAGACGCAGAACUAAUAAUUUUCACAAUUCGCUCUUUGGGAUGAUGUCUGCGGCCCACAAGGGGGAGAAGGAAUUACCAUUCCCAGUUAGUCACACAAUAGCCGCAGACAAUUAUGGAGCUAACCCUGCAAGAGUGAUAAUUAGUUGCCCGGAAAAGGUAGAAAUUGCAGGGAAGCUGAUUCUACUCCCCAAGAGCUUGCCGGAGUUGCUGGAGAUUGGUGCUAAGAAAUUUGGGUUGACACUUGCCAAAGUUCUGAGCAAGGACAAAGCUGAAAUUGAUGAUAUUGAGGUGAUUAGAGAUGGUGAUCACAUUUUAAUUGUAAGUGAUCGAACACAAGAGACUAACAGCCAAAACUCCCAACCAUUUUUGAGUGAUCAAACACGAGUCUAACUGCCAAAACUCCUUAUGAUAACAGGGGGGUAUGUUAUGAGUUAUUCCUAUUCAAUCAUUUUCUUCUGCACCAACUAAAACAAAAUAAUUUGCAAGGAGUAUCAUGGUGUAAUGCCAAAUUCUUUCCUCUAAGAAUGAAAUUUUCUAUUUUUGGGGCAUUCUUGAAUUGAAAGGAGCUUCAAAUACAUCUUUCUGUCUCAUUAAGAAUCCAAUCUUUUUUUUUUUUUUUUAAUGAAAA